AUGCCUCGAAUACCAGAUCUGCCGGGAAACCUCAUCCCUCCGCACUCCGAACAAGAGCGAUGGCUGAAGCGGCACGUCGCCGCCCUCUGCCAUUUGGAACACGAACGGUUCCCUGGGAGCCAACCCGUCAGCUUUGCAGCCAAGGACUUGGACAGACUGGAGGAGAAAGACUUCUGGGUGGCGGAGAAGUCGGACGGCGUCCGCGUCCUGCUCCUCGUUUGUCCCAAUCCGUUCGACGGCGAGCAAACCGUGUACUUGAUCGACCGCCACAACAGCUAUCGGCAGCUCGAAGGGCUCUACUUUCCCCACCACGAGAACCCGGCGCAACAGCUGCGCAACACGCUGGUGGACGGCGAGCUUGUCAUCGACGUAGACCCACAUUCUCAGCACGAGAAGUUGCGCUAUCUGGCGUUCGACUGCCUCAUCGUCGACAACCAGUACGUCAUGGACAAGAACCUUGAAAGUCGUUAUGGGCGGCUCCGGUCGUGGAUGUACAAGCCAUACCAGCAAAUGAUGCGCGACCACCCGCGCAUGGCUCAAUCACAGCCCUUCGAGUUCAAGGUCAAGGACGUCCGAAACUCGUACAGCGUCGAGGGCGUGUUCAACAUCGACAUCCCCGCGCUCCAGCACGGGAACGACGGCCUCAUCUUCACCUGCGUCAGCACCACCUACGCGCCCGGAACGGACCCAAACAUCCUUAAAUGGAAACCACCGUCAGAGAACUCUAUUGACUUCAAGCUAGUGCUGAGGUUUCCGCCGGCACCAGGAAAACCAAAGACGCCUGACUUCCAGACGAAACCGGUGUUUGAGCUGCACGUGUGGUGUGGCGACGUCCGGUAUGAGCCAUAUGACGUGAUGCAUGUUGAAGAUGAGGAAUGGGAAAGCAUGAAGUUGUCGAACAAGCAGCUCGACGAGCAAAUCGUGGAGGUUCAUUGGGACAUCGAAGGCGAAGUCUGGCGCAUGAUGCGCUUCCGCAACGACAAGCCGCACGGAAACCACAAGUCCGUCGUGGACAACAUCAUCAAGAGUAUCGCGGACGGCGUCGAGAAGGAUGUGCUCCUCCUACGCUCCCAGGCAAUCCGCAACAACUGGAAGCUGCGGCACGGCGAACCCACCGGCGGCCGUCCCCCACCCAAUUCCCUUCCACAAAAACCGGUCACCAGGCCGCCCCUCCCCACACCCACCGCCCACCUGCCCACGCCCCCGCCCCCGCCCCCGCCACACGUGCAGCACCAACCCCCGCCGCAGUCGCACGCGGACGCGCCGCCCGCCCCCGCCGUCGCGCCGCGCUACGCACGCCUCGCGCCCUCCCCGUGGAGCAAAGUGACGGGCCCGUCCAUGAUCGGGGGCAUGUACCGCUGA